UAUACCAUAAUGGCUAAGCCAAUAAAAGGUCUUGAAUUACAUUAUCCAAUGAUCCAGUUUUUAAUAAUUUCAGUGACAGAAAUAACUUUCAGUAGGUUCAAAACGUUUGGUAAAUUUUCGCUCCGCUGAAUUCUUACUGGUUGGUCUCAUUUAAGAAAAACAGAUAAAAGAAACAAAACCAAACCAGCCAACCUGUAGCUAAAAUUGUAUUGCUCUGUUAAUCAUAGGUAAGAGUACAACAAGUUUAACAUCAAAGCUUUGUAAGUCUCGGGAAUAAAUAAAAUUUGAGAUAACAGACCAUCUUUCCAUUUAACUCUUUGCGCAUCUGUGAGAGCACAUCUACAGCGAAUCGCGGGCUCACACUCGAAACGUCAACAUUGAAAUCUCUGAAAGGUAACCAAUUUAACAAAUUGUCUGAAACGUACUCAUCAUAAACCUGAACUUUCAGGUAUCAGCGCGUAAUAUGUAGUACCUUCACUCGACUUCUUCCCAAUUGGAACCGAUUUAAUCGAGCCAAGUUAUCAUGUAGAGAUCCUCAGGGUUGGAUUCGAUCAAUAUUCCGAUUUCUGUGGGUGUGGCAAAAUAACAAGCCAGUGCACAAUUUUUGGCGCUCGCCCUAAAGCUAAAAUUGGGAGGUACUGGCCCCUGGACACCUCUGAGACUACUGUUCAUGCCUACAGUAACUCAGGUUUGGAUGGUUAUGUUACCAACUCUCGCGAGCAGGUGCAUAUUACACCCAAUGUACUUUUGGGAAUGUAUAACUUUCAACGAGGUUGUAUUGUGGGUAGCCUUCGGCUGGCGCAGUGCCAGGCCGCAACGUCCACGUAGCAGGUGGUUGAUACAUAUGUAAUGAAACAGACAGAAUCUCAAAUAAUUUGAAUCAUCUAGCCAUGAAACAGGCUGAAAAAAUAUCAUCUUUUCCCAACACAGGGGAUCAUAUUUAUGUUCUUCGUUCCUUGAGCUACGCGCAUCACGGUAUCUAUACACGACGAAAUAAAGUGGUGCACUUCCAAACACCUCUUGAAACUGGUCAAAUGGACAGUUCAACGAUUGCAGAAAGCGACUUCGACAAGUUCCUGGGAUCUGACGGUCCCGACUGGUAUUUGUACCAAUACGGAGUGACCGAGGCGCAAUUCAGCAGGAAUCCGCGUGGCACAUGCACCACAAUACAUAGCGAUGAUGUCACCACUGUUGUGGAUCGCGCGCACAAGGCAAUUCGGGAAGGAUUUGGCCAAUUUAAUAUUGUUGGUAAUAAUUGUGAAGACUUUGCAUUAUAUUGUAAGACAGGCCGACGAUCACAAGCAAGCGGUCAAUAUCUGUCAGCCAUGCGCAGAAUAGAGGCCGCGCGCCAAGCUGCGGCAACUGGGUACAAGAGUCCCAUUGUAUACGCGGGGUGUGUCAUGGGAUGGUUCUCUGCUGAAGAUUUUGAAAAUCCGAAAAACAUGGACCAAGAAAGAGAGGACCCGCCAUACGUAGACCCUGGGAAAAGGGAAACGGGAAAUUUGGAUCCCAACACGAAAAGUUCGAAAGCCAAGGUGGCUGCAAAAAACGUCUCUUGGAAGGAAAAAUAGCUCCAUUUUCCGUCCAAUCCUUCUUAGAACUAGUUUGCUUGGCACUCAUUAAGGUGAAAAGUAAGAGAAUACAAUAACUUCCUCAUGCACCAUUGGGCCACUAAUGUUACGAUCAGUCAAGACAUGUGAAGACCAGGUUACUAAGGGACGCGCAACGUACCACGUGACCUGUUGAUUCAGGAGAGAUGAUCCGAUUCCAGGUUGAUUUAACUAAAUGUCUCUUUUCUGCUAAGAUCAAAACGGGCAUAAGCUAUGGUGAAAGGAAUGACCGAAUUUGAUCUAAAGGAAAAUUUAUUUGAUAAAUAAUUGUUUUACUGGUUAAUAAUUAAUUUAUGAUAAUUUAUCACAUUGAUAUUUCUUCCUGUCAGAAGAGUUUUGUGACUUUUUCUCCCACAAAAGGGGUCAUCCUCGGUGUAAAAACCUGACGAGGUUUUCUUUGUUUCGUAAGGUAUUGUUUUGCUGUACGCUAUUGUUUAUAAUGUUUUGUUGUCUUUGUUUUACGUCACUCGUGAGCUUCACAGGUUUUUACACCGAGGAUGAGCCCACAAAAGGCUCUCACCUGCAUCUGUAAUACAGAUGCUACCUGUCUGGAUUUUUUUUUUUUUUUCAAUAUCAGAAAACUCUCCUAACUGUUUCGAGACAGUUUAA